GCCCUCCGUCUCCCUGAAAGCUGUGUCUCUCCGUGGCCACACACGCGGCCGCUGUCCUGCACAGUGGCGGGGGCCUCCCAUGGUUUGUCCUUCUAUUUAUACGCGCUCCCUUGAUACGACGAGCCCUCGGCAGCUGCGAGCGUGACUACAUUUGGAGCGACAGGCCGGCAGGAGGGCCACUGCGGAGGCACCGGCGGGCUGAGGAAGGGCGGCGGCACCACUCGUGCCCGGUUCACGCGGCGCACAGUGCUUGGGAAAUGUUUUACUCACCAAGGAACAGAUUGUUCUUCAAACUCUGAUGGGUGGACUCUCUCUCAGCUUAGAACGUCUCUAGGUCCAAUGGAGUCUGAAAAGAGCAACCUGUCGGAUUCCUUUUCCUAAAUGCUUUGCCGGUCAUUCAAGGAGGAUACAACUGAUCAACUGAAUCCCCCUGAGGGACAUGGACGCCGCGGAAAACCCGGUCCUGGAGCCCCGGUCAGAGCGGAUCGCUCGCUAUAAAGCUGAGAGAAGGCGAGAACUGGCCGAACGCUUCGGCCACGUGGAGGAGCUACCUUCCAAGUGGGUGAGGAGGAACAGGAAUGAGGGGCCCGGCCCAGCGACCGAAGCCCACGGAGGGGCUGAGAACUCUGAUGGCCUCAGUGAAAGAGUGAACGGAAGCAUGCGAGAGGUCACAAAUGGAUUAGAGGAUCCUGCAGAGUCUGACCGCUCGAGAAGGCAGGGUUCCCCGGACUCUGCCAGCAUGCUGAGUGGGGAGGGGCACCUCGUCCCUCUCGGACUCGAUGCACCGCAGCUUCACACCCGAGUGUCGGUGGGCCAGUUGAGAAGUGCUCUUCUGCAGCAGACGGGGCGGCGUGGAGCGCAGGCCGAUAAAGCCUGCCCCGAAGCCGGGCGGGCCGCGGCGUCCUCCCUCGAUCUGGCUGUGGCGCCGGGCUCCGAGGGGGGGCGGCGACGCCCCCGGCGGUACCUCCCCGGGGGCCCGGGAGGCGGUCGCAAGACGAGCGAACGCUUCAGGACACAGCCGAUCACAGCCAACGAGAUGGAGGAGAGCGGCGGGCUGUUGGACGCGGAGGAAGAGGAAAACCGUAAAGCUGAGGUGAAAACAGACGACAGAGCACAAAUGAGCGUGGCAGCCAAGAUGUCUUUGUUUAAAGAGCUGGAGAAGUCGGCUGCGCCAGAGUCCUCGGCCUUCCUGAAGCCUCGCUCGGGCAGCGUGUCUUACGAACGCAGGGGUCGUCGUGGCAACGACCAUCGAUUUUUGACUCAGCCAAUCACCUGUGAGGACAUCGUGGCAAUCAGCAACCCCAAACCAGCACCACCGGUGGAGUCCCAGUCUCUGCAGCCUGAGCCAGUGGAGGAUAGCGAUGAGAGCUGCAAGCUGACCAUGAGCGAGAAGCUGGCCCUGUUCAAUAAGCUCUCCCUGUCGGGGAGGGAGGAGGGCCGUCCUGCCGACGGACCCCCAGAGAGGCGGAGGCAGAAGGGAGCUCGGUACCGCACACAGCCCAUCACUGUGGAGGAGGUCGGCCUGCUCCAACAAGGCCCUGUGCAGCUUCCCGCCUUCUGUUUGUCCCCCCAUCUGUCCGACAGACAGCAGGCCUCGUCUGUCAACCUCAAACCCAGCGAGAUACGCUUUUCCCAGCCAAGACCUGACACCGAUCCUGUGCCCGGGGAGCCUACGGGCUCCACCCAGCACCAAGACCUGGAGCCGGUCUUGAGAGGGAUCCUGAAGAAGAGGCACUCCGGAGGCUCAGAGGGGGGCAGGAAGGAGAGCGCGGAGACGGAUGCAGCUCGCAGCCAUGAACAGAACGGUGGAGGCCGGGAAGAAGCCGAGAUGCGACGGGGGGGAGAGAGCCCCGAGGUGCAGGGAGCGCCUGCGGCACCGCGGAGAAAGAGAGGAGACGCUUCAGGUGCGGAUGGAGGCUCACUGGCUGCCACGCCGUGGAGGCAGAGGGCUCGGACCAGGAGGGAAACCAUAGCCUGUGUGCCAAUAACAGGACUGUCAGAUCAGGAUACUCCUCGGGAGGAGAGGGCCUGCCAGACAAAGUUGCCGGAACAGCUGGUUUCCUCUGCGGAUCUCAGCUCAGAGACAACUUGGAGAGUUCAACAACCGAAUGAAAGGAGGACGAAAGAAGAAACCACAGCCAUGGAAGAUGUUCAUGUCACACUGGUAGAUGGCUCUGUUAAGCUUCAGGAGUCCACCAACAGCAGCAGAAGUAAGGGAGAAACCAAUAGCCUCCCUGUGGACGGUGUCCCCCCCCAGUGCUGGGAACCCGUCUUUGCCUCUCUCUAUUCUAGCAGUGCCCCCCAAUAUAUCAUGUGUUUCAAUCAGACCAAAAUGUCCUUUGAGGCACAAGAAGUCUCCUCUUCCACAUCAGACCUGAUUCCGCCGCAGUGGAGACAGAAGAGGGCUGAGGAUGAGAUGGAGGACGUUGAGGAAAUGAAUACAGACCAUGAAAGUAAGGAGCAAGAGGCCGGAUGCACGAACAAGAGAGGAUCUACAGAAUCAGACAGAAAUGCCACCUCGCAUAACAAGGAACACUCUGGAGCUCUAUCGGGCUCAAUUGAAGCUCCACAGAGCUCUCCGCUCUCGGCGGCUCCCCAUGAGGCGACGGAGGAGACGCCGGGGGAUGAAUCCAACACGUCCGACGCUGGUUUCCACGGAGAUCCGCCACAUCCCUCCGCCUGUGUGCCCCCACCCUGUGGAGACGUUGCAGCUGCAGAGAGUGAGCAGGACCUCGGGGUUCUCUGCCAAACCAACACGCCCGUACUGACCUCGUCAGUAGCCGAGCACAGGCGGUCCGUCCGUCCGUCCCGUCGGACUCAGGGCUCCAGAAACCCUCUGAGGGCUCUCGCCGCCCGGGAGGACAUCAUGCAGGACUACAUGGGAGAGACGGUCAACAACACGGCCGCUGAGGAGAGCUCCCAAGCGGAGAAGAAGUCCAAGAUCUCCUCGGUGGCGGAUCCACGUCUCUCCGCGUCACACCACCUAAUCGGUGCCUUGGAUUCUACCAACUCCUAUCCUCCCUUCAGCAGCCUGAUGCUCAUUCACAUUAAAGGUAGGCGGCAUGUCCAGGUGCGUCUGGUGGAGCCGUCGGCGCAGUCGCUGAACAGCGGAGACUGCUUCGUGCUGGUCACCCCGCAGCAUUGCAUCCUGUGGAGUGCAGAGUUUGCCAAUAAACAAGAGAGAGCCAAGGCGGCUGAGUUGGCGUCGUCCAUCCAGAAGGAUCAGGAUCUCGGCUGUCGGGCCUCCCAGGUGGUCUACCUGGAGGAGGGGCUAAACUGUGACAGCAGCCUGGCUGCAGACUUCUGGAACCUUCUUGGAGGAAGGAGACCAUACGGAGGAGCCAGUGCAGAUGAGGAGGACGAGCUCUAUGAGUGCGGCGUGGUGGAGUCGAACUGUGUCUACAGGCUGGUGGAGAACAGACUGGUGCCUCAUGAACAGGCCUGGGCCUCCAUCCCCAGAGUCUCCCUGCUGGGCUCCAACGAGGCCCUGGUGUUUGAUUUCGGCAGCGAGGUGUACCUGUGGCUCGGACGGGAUGUUUCCCUCAGCAGGACGAACGUUGCUCUCCAGCUGACUCACCAAGUGUGGGCCGGACCGUAUGACUACAGCAACUGUCGAGUCAACCCGCUGGAUCCCACUCGGUGCAACGCGAACACACAGCAGACAGGACAGGGGCGUCCCAGCUGGGCGUUGUUCAGUUGUGUCUCAGAGCACAACGAGACAACUCUGUUCCGGGAGAAGUUUCUGGACUGGACAGACGGGAAAGGAGGCGCGGAGGACGCCGAUGCGGUGAGCACGGACGCGCAGGUCCAUCCCGCAGUCUCACAUUCAGAACCCGCCCCUGUUUUGUCCUCCCCGUCCGGGUGUCCCGCUUCAGACGCCCUCAGCGCAUGUGAUGCCAAGGCUCUGGUUUCGGGUCAGUCCCUGGGAGGGGACGGCUCGAUCCACAGCGUGUUGGCGGGGGUUGAUGUCCAAAGGGGCCACGGGGUCAUCACGCUGGAGGAAGGAUAUCAGAUGGAGCUGAAAACAGUCGCUGUGGACACUUGGCACGUCCAGGAGUUUGACGACAGUGAAAUUCCUGUGGAGAGCACUGGACAGCUCCACGAAGGAGACUCCUACGUCAUCCGCUGGACGUACAGCAUCCGCGCCUGUGAUAAGACAAACUGCACCGGUGAAUCGAGUAAAAGUCCCGGACUAAAAGAAAAGACGGCUUUCUUCCUGUGGCGGGGUUGUCACUCCAGUGUCAGCGGGCGGGACACCGCUGCUUUCUUGUCCAUUGGGAUGAAAAACCAUGAAGAGUCACAGGUGGUGGUACCUCAGGGAAAGGAACCUCCCUGCUUUCUGCAGCUUUUCCAGGGAGGCCUUGUCAUUCACAAGGGGAAGCGAGAGCAGGCCUGCAUUAAUGCAGCAGAGUGGCAUUUGUUCUGUGUGCGAGGUGAGCUGCCAGAGGAGGGCUCUCUGUUGGAGGUGGAUUGCUGCUGUGCAGGCCUGAGAUCCAGGGGCUCUGUGGUCCUCCUCAACAGCCUGCAGGGCGUCCUCUACCUCUGGACUGGCUGCAAAGCUCUCAGCAGCUUCAGAGAGGUCAGCAAGAGGGUGGUGGAGCAAAUCACUGAAACGUGUCCACCAGAGUUGGGUCUCAGCAAAAGCAGCCCUUUGACAGUGCAGGUAGUGGAGGAAGGUUCCGAGCCUGCGGACUUCUGGACUGCGCUGGGCCAAAUGGACAGGAAGGCCUACGACUGCAUGCUGCAAGAUCCAGGAAAGUAUAACUUCACUCCUCGUCUCUUCCACAUGAGUGCCUCCUCUGGGAGUUUCCAGGCCGAAGAGCUGCAGAGUCCAUCGCGGCUGCCUGGACUCGUGAUGGCAGCACCGUUUGUCCAGGAGUGUCUGUACUCUGUGCCACAGCCGGCCUUGUUCCUGCUUGACAACCGUCUGGAGGUCUACCUGUGGCAGAGGGGGGAGCCUGAGCAGACACAGGGCUCGGAUUCGGCCCUGAGCUGCUGGCAUGACGAGAGGCGGUGCGCCAUGGAGACGGUUCUGCAGUAUUGCAAAGAGAUGAACCCAAGACGCCCACCGCAGGCCUACCUCAUAUUUGAAGGGUUAGAACCUCUCACCUUCACAAACGUGUUCCCCCGCUGGGAGAGGAGCCUGAGACCCCACACACCGGGCGAUGCGGAGAGGGCGAAGCUGACCUUGGUGCAGGACGCCCUGGCCCAGCUCACGAAGACCCAGUACGCUGUGGAGGAGCUGCUGCUGAGGCCGUUACCCGAAGGAGUGGACCCCCAGCGGCUGGAAGUCUACUUGUCUGACCAGGACUUCCAGACUAUUUUGCAGAUGAAGAGAGACGAAUAUGCCUCCCUCCCAAACUGGAAGCAAAUUGAUCUGAAAAAAAGCAAAGGGCUGCUUUGCUAGACUGCGAAAACUAAUGGAGGCCGACUGUGGCUGCGGCAGCAAGGACUGAGAAGAUGGCGGCGGCACAAAGGACUGCUUACAACGUUAUAAAAAGAGAGGAAGAAAUUCAUUUUUAUUGAUGUCAAACUAAUUUGAGUGUGUGAACUCUUUAUCAGACAUGGAUCUCUCUGUAGCUGUUGGUCAGAGCAAAAUACAAAAAAAUAAUUUUCCUAUAAAAGUUUGUCUGUAUAAAUCAAUGAAAGGGAAAAGGAAAAGCUGUGUGGGAGUGAAGGGAAAACAUCAGUAACAAACUGUGCAUAAACAAGGCU